UCGCAGCCUCCUCUCCUCGGCUCCCCACUUCCGCCGCCUCUCCUUCUCGCCGACCUUCUCGCCCUCGUUUCCCUCCUCUUCUCGCCCACCUAGCGCUUUUGUAGAUCCGCCGCCUCUCGUUUACCUUUAAUUUCCUCGUUCGACAGCCACUUGUUAGUCGACUUCAAGGCCAUCCCCUCUCUAGCAUCCAGUGAUUGGGUUUUUAUCUCUGUCCUUUUCAAUCAUCAAACUCUAGGGUUUCAAUUUUUCCUUUUUAUCUAUUUUACAAAUUUUUAUUUAACUUUGUUAACAAAGCCCUAAUUUGUAUUUAAUUUUUAUUUAAUUUUUACAAAUUGGAUGGAUCCUGACCAAUCAUUAAUUCUUGAGCGCAUAAAGUUUUCUUCUCAAAAGUUCUUUGAAUCAUGUCAGUUCAAUCCAAUUGGGUAAUCCUGUAUAUACAUGUCAUAGUCCCUGGCUAUUUAGCAUAACAAUAGUUAGAGAGUAUGUGGGGUCAACAAAUUUGUCGAAUGCACAUGUAUUGGUAGAGAAGAAUUCAAAGUUGUUAGGAAUCAAUUGGGCUGUAAAAGUACUGCCUUUGUUGUAAUUUUGGUUAUAUUGGCUAAUGACAUUUUAUUGCAUGCAUGUUUCGUUUUCUUCAAAAUAUGUAUAAGGAGAUUGAUUAUUCUGGAUGGAAGCAUGCUGCUCUUACUUGGUGAAAAAAGAGUAAAUAGGUCAGAUCUUCAUUUUUCUUGUCAUAACUCUACUACCCUAUAAUGAAAUGAAUAUAUUAAUCUUUUCUGAAGUUAAAAGUUGAAUGUUCUUUUGGGUUGAUGCGUCUUGAAACUCUGUCAACCAAAAAGCUUGAACACCAAUAAUGACUUCGCACUAAGUAUUAAAAAUUUGUGGUAUCACGUAGGUCAGUAUAGGACCAAUGAAAGAUUUAUCCAAGUGAAAUACCUGAUGGAGAAUUCUGAAGAGUCAUGUGCAUCCUGGUUUCUGCCUAGAAAAAGUUUCUGCCUAGAAUUUUAGCAAAGCAGUUGUACUCCACCUAAUAUAAAGCAUAGUUUUCUAUUGAUUAAUAGAUGGUUUGAGACUUGAGAGUAAUGUUUACUUAGUUUCAAGUGUGGGCAGUCUUGGAUCCUUGGACAAGCAUCACAUGUAUAUAUUAUUAUUUUUUAUCUUGUCACCACUUUCUGUGCUCUGAAACAUUUAGUGUUCAUUAUUAUAAUUUUUCAUUUAUUAUAUCGUGGGAUUACUCUUUUACCUAACAUGUAGGACUUCAAAUCCUAGUUCACUGACAAUGGGCUUUUCUAUCAAACCAAUUGACAAAUGCUUCAUAUUUGCUACUUUGAAAUAUCUAUAUAUUUUUCAUUGUUGCUGUUGGUGUAUUGGUCAGGCUAAUCAUCUAACUGGAGCUUAACUUAGUUCUUCGUUCACUGGUAUACCAGUAGCCCAUGUAAUUAUUCCUUCCUCGCAAUCUAAACUCACAUACAGGUCUCCUCUAGCAGACAUCAUUCAACUAGAGACUGUGAAGGAUCUAUGUGUGAGUUUGGUUGUAGCAUAGCAGAGAAAGCAAAAGCAUUUUCUGUGAGAAGAUGUACCGUAACAAAGCGCCUACCGUUCAGAUUUCUACUUUUGGUAAUGCACCAAGUAAUCAAUCACAUGUAGAAUUAUUGAAAAAGAAACGUUCUCAUGCAGCAACUAGUGAUCUGCCAUACGUGAAUUCUGCAGGGAAUGGAUCCGGUUCUAAUCUGAGUACAAAACGUACUCGUCUGCAAACUUCCAAUCAAGAAUGCCAAACUUUUGUAGCAAAUGGACUGAAUUCUAGUAGUACUGUUGUCACCACAGAACGAACUACUACUAAAAAUGGAAGAUCUACAGGCCCUUAUGCUGAGAUGUUUGCAAAUAAAAUUGGUUACACAAUUCGAAACUACGCCCCACUGAAUGUGGAAAAAUGGAAGAAGAUUGAAAAAGCAGAUGUGAAGAACUUGAUCAAAAGAAUGCAGAAUAAGUUUGAAUUUGACAUGUCGCUCCCUUGGGUCCAGAGAUAUGUAAUUACAACAUGUCAGGCCAUAUAUUUAAUUUUCGCUAUUAGUUGAAACAUUUAAGCAUUUUUCAACAAUUGAGGAGGCAAUUGAAAACAAAUAUGAAGCUGUCAAGACUCAGGAAGAAUGGGAGUUUCUUUGCACUCAUUUUUCUAGUGAAAAGUUUAAGAUUCGCUCUGAGAAGAAUGUUCUUAAUAGGUCAAAGUUGACAUAUCACCACAAAGCUGGGUCAAAAUCAUUUAUGUCACACCAAGAGCA